GCCGUCAAUAGCGGAGACGAAGCGGGAGGCGGGCUCGGCGGGCUCGUUCGAACGGCGCGAGGCGGCGCGGCAGCCAAACGCGCCGCGCUCCAGGUGAGAGCUCGUCUGCGGUGCCGCCGGAGCCCAGUCCUUGUCUGUACUCUGCUGGAAAUGCACCUGUGCAAACUUCGUGUGGCAUCACCAUCUCAAAGUGUUUCGUGAGUAUUGUCUGGCCGUAAACCAGUAGCUCAACCCCGCUGGAAGCAGCUUGCACAGGAAGGCCGCUCCCUCGUCAGCUGAUGUUUCAGAGAAGGCAAUGAAAGAGCUUAAGAGAGAAUCCAGGUUGGUGGUGGCCAGACUGGAAGACGCCGUUCGGAAGCUGCUUGUUGUCCGUCGGCACACCCAGAAGACGUGUCCCGUUUCCUGCAGGGAACGAUGGCAGCCCUGAGCAUCGUCUGAGACUGUCUGCCGCUGCUUCUAGGAUUCAGCUGGCGGCUCGUCUAAUGCUGCUGUGUAUCGAGGGGAUGGUGGAUGACCAAAACAAGGAAAUCUUUACAGGAGUUGAUGUAAUCUUUUUUACCACUACCUGAAGAAGCAGAAUCCCUCGUGCAUAGUGGAUCAGACGCAUUUACCUUGGUGUGAUUUUAAUUUCACCCCCAGCUGCAGGUGGUUGAGGGUGGAGGCAGCUGCUCUGAAAUUGCCAUCUCGGUCUGUUCGAGAGCCGCAGGACCACGCCGAUAAUCCAGGAUAGCUGCAACUGAAGGGAAGAUGGCAGCUGCGAGGGAGCUUCAGCUGUGCGGUAUUAAAACCUUGCAGGCCGGCGGGGGACUAAUGUGUUACACACUUCCAGUUUUGAUGCGCUAUUGAGGAAGAACGCAAAAGGUUGCCCCAAUGCCUUUGUGAAUUAAGGCCUUGAAAGCAGUUUGUCCUCAGUAAAGAUGGUCUUACUCCGCUUGAAGGUGCAACUCCCCUAAUAAUAACAUCCACCAUUUGCUGCUGACUGCAGUGAGACCGAUGCCAAAAGCUGUUCCUCUUCCUGGCGUCUGGCAGCAGUCAGACCCACACCCGUGCAGCGCAAGCCCGGGGUGCUCGGCAGACGUCUGAAAUCUGGCGACCUCCCUGCCGGCUGGCCGCCCCUGCGAGCUUUGGUCCUGGUCGCAAAGGACGUGUGUGGCAGAGCCCCAAGUAGGAUCCGAGCCUUUCGGCCUCUCGUAGAGGUACAAGACCAUCUGUCUUCAGCAGCAACGGGCUGCUUGCGUAGACGAAAUGGAGAGGAUUGCCACCUGACCCGCUCUCGCUGAAGGGUCUGUUGACUGCGGAUCGCAAAGGGCCGGACUCCUUAGGAAUCCUCUCGCCUCUCCAGAGCAAGUCGUUUCAGCGUGCUGGUGCAAACAGAACAGGUUAUUUCUGCGGGCGUGAAUGAAACCGAGGGAGCCCCACGCCGGAUGGGAAGUGCUGUUCUGGACCAGUCCUUCGUGGCGUUUGAUAACGUGCUUCUCGUCAUUUAACAGAAACGCCCUUCCCCGGCUCAGCGCCCGGUGCCAACAGAACACCUCGCAGGAUCCACGGCGGCGCAGACGACUUUGGCGAUCUCGGGAGCUGCAGAAGGCGGCAGCUGGAUGCUCAAGAGCAGAGGAUCUAUCAACUGCAGACCAAGCAGAGGGGAGGCAGGCAGAGCUGGAGCAGCGAUGCAGCCGGAGCAGCGGCUCGGGCAGGAGCUGGAGGCCAGCCGCCCGCCGAGGAGGAAGCUCGGGAGCAGCCUCACAGUCCCUUGGACGCGCUGCCAGAGAGGAAAAGGAGGAACAACACGCGUCUGACCAGCGCUGUACUGUGCACGCGGGACCCGCAGCGGCCAGCGCCGUGCCUGCUCGGCUGCCAGCCUGGCCCUGGCUCCCCCGUGCUCCGGACACCAGGGUGACCAGUGCGGCUCGGCGAAGGCACCGAGGGCGCGACACGGGCACGCGGAGCGCGGCACUGCCGGCCUCGCCUCUGGUCCGCUUCAGCUCUCGAGCACUUCGUGUCGAGAGCACCGUUCCUCCCUUCGUCGGUGCAGAGCAGCGCAGCUGGGAACGGGGUGCCGUGGUGAACCCAGCACCGCCACCGCGCCCGUCGGCCAGGGCCCCACGGGUCACGCCGCGCCUGGAGCAGAGGUGCCCGCGCUGGCCCAGUGCCGCUGCCCAGGCAGGCGCUUCCAGGACAAGAGCUGGCAGAGUGCAACAUGCGUCUGGCCCAAGCAGCAGGAGAAAAUGAGGUUUUAAGAGCCCACCAGCAAGGGCAGCUGCUGAUUCACAGGCUGAGGCAGGAAAGCAUCACAUAGUCUGAUCUUCUGCACCUGCAGUCCGGAAGACUUUGCCACGUUACCGCUGCGUUCAAUGACCUGUUUGACAAAGGCACCUUCAGGAGGGCGUUCAGCUGGACUCGAAGACAUCAGGACAUGGUAAAUCCACUGUCUCCUCCUUUGGCAGUCAAUCCCUUUGCAUCACCCCUACUGAAUUUUUUUCUAUGAUUAUUGCAUGCGAAUGGGGCUAAUGAAGUUUUUAUUCAGCAGUAGUGUGUUCCCAACUUUGCGCUCCUCCUGGGUUUUAUGCUUUUUCUUUUCUAUAUCUCACUGCUCAUUUCUUUUUGUCCAGAGGUAAGUUUAAUCAUGAAGAGGAGAAGGGCAUGAGGUUCCUCUCGUUCUGCCUGUCCCAUACUCUCAGGCGCAUUCUCAUGCCCACCCCCCCCUUUAGCUUUUCUUUUCAUUCGAGGUCCUCCCUGUUGUCCCCACCACGAGAGUUUUUUUCCACUCACCCAGCUCCCUCUGCCUCUCCCCACAACCCCAUUCUCCCCUUAUCUUUUCCCACCUGCCAUUGCCAUUGCGGCUGGUUUGCGAGGAGGUCCCCAGAGCUGAUACUGCUGUAGCUGUGUGGGUGCGUUAAUGGCCACAACUGAAAGCAGAACCUGGGCAUCGCACGCCGUGACCACAACUGAGCACUGCUGCUUUUCCUUCUCCCAGUCUGCCCCUCUUCCAUCAGAUCUCUGCUUUUGGCUGAUUUCCAGCUCACAAUUACUUAUGGAAACAUGGCAGCUCCUACCCAGCUAUGGACAUCCUUCACCCACAGGCACAGGAAAGCAAGGCCCAGGCUGCAGGAGCAGAGGUGGCGGUGGUGACCACGAGCAGUAAACAGGACGCAGCACCAGAAGAGGCACUGCCCAACGCCGCUGCUCCACAGCAGGCAACCGCGUUGGGCUAGCGUGCACCUCCGGGGCUGCGCAGGGCUGGUGCUCGUCCGAGCACUUUCUCACCACCCCCGCUGCUGGUGUGCAUUCAUCCCUUUAAUUCAUGGCCGAGACCCUGGGCCUGUUCCCACCAGGGAGCUGGAAAGGGGAAGGAGGCACAAACGUCUGUGUCGCCAGUGGAGCCCCCAGCUUCUUCCAGCAGCAGAAUCUGCUCUGUGCCAGGGCCAGGCAGCGAGAGCAUCCAGAUGUUGGCUCCUGCGCGGCUGGGCUGGGUGGGCACCCCACAUGCCCCACCAGUUGCCUCAACUUCCCCCUCCUGCCCCCCGCUUUGGAAGGAAAGCAGAGGGCUGGAGGGACAGAGGAGGCAACAGCACUUCGGUCUGCUCCAAGAUGGGGCUUGGGCUCUCAGCAGGUUCUGAAAUGCAGCCAGGCACGUUCCCACCUAUUCCUGCCACUGUAGCUGUUUUCUACUGCUCUCUAUUUUUACACUUCCAUUUCUUUUUCCCCUUGCUCUGGAGGGGACCCUCUCCCAAGAACUGCAAUGUUUUUUUAAUAAGUAUUUUUCAAGUAGCUGGCUGAGUCCCUGGAAAGGAUAAUGAGAUCAUUUUCAUUGCAGAAUGCAAAGCCAUGCAAGCCUUUCCUGUUUGUUAUUUCUCCCCUGUAGAAUCUGACCAUGCUGCUGAUAAUUUAUGUUUGUUGAUAUUCCUCGGCAGCCAAACAUACAGAAUGUGCCCUAGACAGUAUCCAAAUGUGAUUAGACCUGAGGUACCCGUUUCCUAUGAACAUAGAGAAUUGGAAAUUAUCACUAGAACUGCAGAGAAAUAACCUUUAGGGCUCAUUAAAAUUCCACAAACGCAAACUCUGUUCCUGCUUUCCCUUUCAUGAAGCCAGCCCGGUGCUGCAGAUGCUCAGUGUGCAGGCGGGCUGGGACCCUCCUCUCCCCCUUUAAUCUGCUCCUCGGGUUCAGGCAAAGACUUGGCACGCCGCAUGUUUAUGUCUCCUUCCCCCCUGGGAGGCGUGCUGUAAAUCUGAGGGCAAUAUCUCUAUCGAGAGACCCGGCAGCUCUACCUCUGCGCUGGGUUUUGGCUGUGGGGGACGGAAGGGAAGGCGGCAGGAGCGGGCGAUGGCGCAGACCCCGGGCGGGCAGGGCCGGAGGAGGCCCCGGGCACGCGGGCUGGCGGCCAUGCGGUUACCAGCGGGCGGUGGGGCCCUGCCCCAUAUCCGUGCACCGGCGGGGGGCCCUCGCCCCACAGCCACCUCCGCGCCCACCUCCAUGUCCACGUCCAUGUCCACGUCCGCGCCCACGUCCACCUCCAUGUCCCCGGCCUGGCCGGACCGCACUGCACCGGGGCGGCCGGCCGCGGCACUCGAACCUUACGGAGCGACCGAAAGUGCCGAGGACGCAGAACCUUCUUAUUAUUAAACAGAUGGGAAAUUGA